AUCACAUGUUGCUGUUGCUGCUGAUGUUGCACCUCAGCAACAGUCUUCUUGCAACGGCGGCAACUCCCAGCUAUGCCGGACUCAGUGCUGACAAUGCAGCCAGAAUGUUGGCCGGAAGUCCAGGUGAUCAGGUGGAGAGCACAGUGGCGCAUCAGCAUAAUGGAGAGCACAGUGAAAUGUCGCUAGUGUUGCCCCACGACACUUAUCCAGGAUUUAGCAUAAAAAAGUUUAAAACGCGUCCAUUGCAUCAAGCGAAUGGCACAGCACAUCAUGUUGCAGGAGCAGGAGGUAGAGGGGAAGGAGGUGCUGCCUAUCAUAUGCUGGACAGUGAUUACUCCAAGUAUUUUACAGUCCUCGAUGAUGGUGUGGUAAUGACCACGGCCGACAUCUCUCCGCUGGUCAAUCGACCCGUUCAAUUGGUGGUUGUGGAACAGACACCAAAUGUCACAAAUACACACAGCUUGCAACUUUUUGUGAUGCAUCGCAAUGACAUGUUGCGCUUUUCCGGUUCCCUCUUGGAUGCCAGUGGCGAGGUACGUGAGAAUCAUCCAGCGGGCACACGAGUGCGGGGAGUACCCUUAAUGCAGGCCUUCAGUGGCUCCAUAUUGGAUGAGGAGCUCGCUGAGCCAAAGAAAGUGCGUUAUACCAUCAUCGAUGGCAAUGUGGAUGAUGCAUUUGCGUUGCAAGAGCGUCGGGCAAAUCAGAAUGUUCAGUUGAAUGCCAAAUCUCUGAUCAUCGAGGGGGAUGACGAGUCGGGUGUUUGGCUCGUCACAAAUCGUCCCUUGGAUCGUGAACAGCGUGCUCAUUACGAUCUCUCCGUGGAAGCAUCCGAUGUGGAUGGCCUGGAUAAAACCGUGUCCAAGAUACAAAUCACAGUGUUGGAUGAAAACGAUAAUAGGCCGAUUUUCAAGUCACAGGAUUACAAAUUCGCCAUUGCGGGUCAGAAAUCUUCCAGCAUGGACAGCAACAAUAGCAUCACCUGGAAACGAUUUGCCAUACUGGGCAAAGUGGAGGCCACUGAUGCGGAUGGCGAUAAAAUUGCCUAUCGCUUGAAGUCUCCAAGUAAUGUGGUCAUCAUUGUGCCACAAACAGGAGAGCUAAUGUUGGCCGGGGAACCCACCUCCAAUGAGCUGCUCCUCGAAGUGAUUGCCCAUGAUCUCAGAUAUCCCAGUCUGCUGAGCGCUCAGCCAGCCAAGGUACUCCUCGAGUUCCUCGCUCCCGAACCUGUCUCCUUUAUAAUGCAGCAUCUGGAGCACGAUGAGGUCAAUGCCCAUUCACAUCAUCGGGAAAAGAGACGCGUGACACGCGCCGUUCGACCCACCAAACGCAUUGAAUUUACUGAGGCCGAUGGCGACACUGAGGGAAAGUCCGUGUUUCAGUUGGAGAAGGAGACGGAUAAGGAAACAUUUAAAAUACGCGAUGAUAAUCCCUGGGUUACUGUGGAAACAAAUGGCGCUGUGCGUGUCAAAAAGAAGUGGGACUACGAAGAACUCGGCCCUGAUAAGACUAUUGAUUUUUGGGUUAUUAUCACAAACAUGGGACACAAUGCUGGCAUCAAGUACACGGAUAACCAGCGUGUGAUUAUCCUAGUGAAGGAUGUGAAUGAUGAGCCGCCCUACUUCAUCAAUCGGCCACUGCCCAUGCAGGCGGUGGUGCAACUGAAUGCACCACCCAACACUCCCGUUUUUACACUACAAGCACGCGAUCCAGAUACGGAUCAUAAUAUACAUUAUUUCAUUGUACGCGAUCGUACAGGCGGACGCUUUGAGGUGGAUGAAAGAUCGGGAGUGGUGCGCACUCGGGGCACAGAUCUCUUCCAGCUGGACAUGGAGUAUGUGCUGUAUGUAAAGGCGGAGGAUCAGAACGGCAAGGUGGAUGAUCGACGAUUCCAGAGCACGCCAGAGGAACGUCUAUCGAUUGUGGGUGGCAAGCGGGCGCCACAAUUCUAUAUGCCCAGUUAUGAGGCCGAGAUACCAGAGAAUCAGAAAAAGGACUCCGACAUCAUCUCGGUAAAGGCCAAGUCCUUUGCGGACCGAGAGAUACGCUACACAUUAAAGGCUCAGGGGCAGGGCGCAGGGACUUUCAACAUUGGACCCUCAUCGGGCAUUGUCAAACUGGCCAAGGAGCUGGACUUUGAGGACCUGCGACAACCGCACGUUUAUUCGCUGAUUGUGACAGCCACCGAGGAUUCCGGUGGUUUCUCCACAUCCGUUGAGCUUACCAUACGUGUCACGGAUGUGAAUGACAAUGCGCCCAAGUUUGAGUUGCCCGACUAUCAGGCCCACAAUGUGGAUGAGGAUAUCCCGUUGGGCACCAGCAUAUUGCGUGUCAAAGCAAUGGAUGCGGAUUCGGGUGCAAAUGCCGAAAUUGAAUAUCUUGUCUCGGAUGAUCACUUUGCCGUUGACUCCAAUGGCAUUAUUGUAAACAACAAACAACUCGAUGCGGACAACAACAAUGCCUACUAUGAAUUUAUUGUUACGGCAAAGGAUAAAGGAGAACCGGCCAAGUCUGGCACAGCUACAGUUCGUGUCUAUACCAAGAACAAGAACGAUGAGGAGCCCAAGUUCUCGCAACAAGUUUACACUCCCAAUGUGGAUGAGAAUGCCGGUCCGAAUACUUUGGUCACCACUGUCGUUGCCUCUGACAAGGAUGGUGAUAAUGUUCGCUUCGGUUUCGUUGGCGGCGGCACUUCGUCGGGACAGUUUGUCAUUGAGGACAUCACGGGUGUCAUUCGACUUCACAACAAAGCCAUCUCUCUGGACCGCGAUAAGUAUGAACUCAAUGUGACGGCUAUGGAUGAUGGAUCCUGUUGUGUUAAUGGCGAUCAGACCAUACACACUUCUACCGCUGUGGUUGUCGUCUUCAUCACGGAUGUGAAUGACAAUAAGCCGGUGUUCAAGGAUUGUGGCACCUACUAUCCCAAGGUGGAAGAGGGUGCACCUAAUGGCAGUCCGGUUAUCAAAGUCGUGGCCACCGAUGAGGACAAGGGCGUCAAUGGACAGGUUAAAUACUCCAUUGUACAGCAACCGAACCAAAAGGGCACCAAAUUCACAGUGGACGAGGAAACCGGAGAAGUUUCCACAAACAAAGUUUUCGAUCGUGAGGGAGACGACGGAAAAUUUGUGUCGGUUACGGUAAAGGCAACAGAUCAGGGAGAUCCAAGUUUGGAGGGCGUCUGCUCCUUCACUGUGGAAAUCACCGAUGUGAACGAUAAUCCGCCACUCUUCGAUCGACAGAAAUAUGUGGAGAAUGUCAAACAGGAUGCCAGCAUUGGUACAAAUAUUUUACGUGUUUCCGCCUCUGACGAGGAUGCCGAUAAUAAUGGCGCCAUAGUCUACAGUUUGAGUGCUCCUUUUAAUCCGAAUGAUCUGGAAUACUUUGAUAUACAAACCGAAUCUGGUUGGAUAGUGCUAAAAAAACCGCUUGACGGUUGUUAUCCUCGCGAUCGUUAUCGUCUGCGCGUACGCGCCUCGGAUCGCGGCGAUCCGCCCUCGUAUGCCGAUGUCGAUGUUGAGUUAGAUGUCGUCGAUCGCAAUAAUAAGCCGCCCAUUUGGGAUAAGAGCAUUUAUGGGCCGAUCCAUAUACGUGAGAAUGUCACUGUGGGUACGGUUGUAACAUCGGUUAAGGCAAGUUCGGGCAUUGAAGGCAAUCCGACGGUUUUCUAUAGGUUAAUGCCCGGGUCAACGGCUCAAACGAACAAAUUCCAUACGUUCUAUCUGCAACAGAGACCGGACAAUGGUGACACCUGGGCUGACAUAAAGGUCAAUCAUCCGUUGGAUUAUGAGAGCAUUAAGGAAUAUAAUCUAACCAUACGUGUGGAGAACAAUGGCGCCCAGCAAUUGGCAUCGGAAGCGACCGUUUACAUAAUGCUCGAGGAUGUUAAUGACGAAAUACCGUUAUUCACGGAACGCGAACAGGAAACAGUGCUGGAGGGUGAACCGAUUGGCACCAAAGUGACACAAGUGAAUGCUAUCGACAAGGAUGGCACAUUCCCAAAUAAUCAGGUUUAUUACUACAUCGUCGACUCGCCACGUAACGAGGGCAAAGAAUUUUUUGAAAUUAAUUUGCAAAGCGGCGAAAUCUUCACCAAAACCGUAUUCGACAGGGAGAAGAAGGGCGCCUACGCCCUCGAGGUGGAGGCUCGCGAUGGUGCACCCUCUGCAAGACCCAACAGCAAUGGACCCAAUUCAGUCACAAAAUUCAUACGCAUUGGCAUUGCUGAUAAGAACGAUAAUCCGCCCUAUUUCGACAAAUCGCUGUAUGAGGCGGAAGUGGAUGAGAACGAGGACAUACAGCACACAGUGUUGACAGUGACAGCCAAAGAUCACGAUGAGUCCUCACGUAUUCGCUAUGAAAUCACCAGCGGCAACAUUGGUGGCGCUUUUGCGGUUAAAAAUAUGACGGGUGCCAUUUAUGUGGCCGGCGCUUUGGACUACGAGACACGACGCAGGUAUGAGCUGCGUUUGGCCGCCUCCGAUAACUUGAAGGAGAACUAUACAACGGUCAUAAUACACGUCAAGGAUGUCAAUGACAAUCCUCCAGUGUUCGAGAGGCCCACAUAUCGUACUCAAAUCACCGAAGAGGAUGAUCGUAACUUGCCCAAACGUGUGCUGCAGGUCACCGCAACGGAUGGUGACAAGGAUCGUCCACAGAAUAUUGUCUAUUUCCUAACCGGCCAAGGCAUUGAUCCAGAUAAUCCAGCCAAUAGCAAAUUCGACAUUAAUCGUACUACUGGCGAGAUAUUUGUUCUUAAGCCGCUGGAUCGCGAUCAACCGAAUGGACGACCACAGUGGCGUUUCACAGUAUUUGCCCAGGAUGAGGGCGGCGAGGGUCUCGUGGGCUAUGCGGAUGUCCAGGUCAAUCUGAAGGACAUCAACGACAAUGCCCCCAUCUUCCCGCAAGGCGUUUACUUUGGCAAUGUGACGGAAAAUGGAACCGCCGGCAUGGUGGUUAUGACCAUGACCGCCGUGGACUACGAUGACCCGAAUGAGGGCUCAAAUGCCCGACUGGUCUACUCAAUCGAGAAGAAUGUCAUCGAGGAGGAGACUGGUUCGCCAAUCUUUGAAAUAGAACCGGACACGGGUGUGAUUAAGACCGCUGUUUGUUGUUUGGAUCGGGAGCGCACGCCGGAUUAUUCCAUACAAGUCGUCGCAAUGGAUGGCGGGGGGUUAAAGGGCACGGGCACGGCGUCUAUACGUGUCAAGGAUAUUAAUGACAUGCCGCCGCAGUUCACCAAGGACGAAUGGUUCACGGAGGUGGAUGAAACCGAUGGCACCGCCCUGCCCGAAAUGCCCAUAUUGACAGUGACAGUCCAUGACGAGGAUGAGACCAAUAAGUUCCAGUACAAAGUUAUCGAUAACAGCGGCUAUGGCGCCGAUAAAUUUACAAUGGUUCGAAAUAACGAUGGCACGGGUUCCUUGAAAAUUGUCCAACCCCUCGACUACGAGGAUCAAUUGCAGAGCAACGGCUUCCGUUUCCGCAUUCAGGUGAAUGACAAGGGCGAGGACAACGAUAACGAUAAAUACCAUGUGGCAUAUUCUUGGGUCGUCGUCAAGUUGCGCGACAUCAACGAUAACAAGCCGCACUUUGAACGCGCCAACGUUGAAGUCUCUGUGUUUGAGGACACCAAGGUGGGCACCGAGCUGGAGAAGUUCAAGGCCACCGAUCCUGAUCAGGGCGGCAAAAGUAAAGUUUCCUAUUCCAUCGAUCGUUCAUCGGAUCGUCAGCGGCAGUUUGCCAUCAAUCAGAAUGGUUCGGUCACAAUACAACGCUCACUCGAUCGUGAAGUUGUGCCUCGACAUCAGGUCAAGAUUCUGGCCAUUGAUGACGGCUCACCGCCCAAGACAGCGACGGCUACCUUGACUGUCAUUGUACAGGACAUCAACGACAAUGCUCCCAAAUUCCUUAAGGACUACAGACCCGUGUUGCCGGAGCAUGUGCCACCACGUAAAGUUGUCGAGAUUCUGGCCACCGAUGACGAUGAUCGCUCCAAGAGUAAUGGACCACCAUUCCAGUUCCGUCUGGAUCCCAGUGCUGACGAUAUUAUACGUGCCUCCUUCAAGGUCGAACAGGAUCAAAAGGGCGCCAACGGUGAUGGCAUGGCUGUGAUAUCCUCACUUCGAUCCUUUGAUCGAGAGCAACAAAAGGAGUACAUGAUACCGAUUGUGAUCAAGGAUCAUGGUUCUCCUGCAAUGACAGGCACUAGUACAUUGACCGUGAUCAUUGGCGAUGUGAAUGACAAUAAAAUGCAGCCAGGAUCGAAGGACAUCUUCGUGUACAACUAUCAAGGACAAUCGCCAGAUACGCCAAUUGGAAGGGUUUAUGUCUACGACUUGGAUGAUUGGGAUCUGCCCGACAAGAAGUUCUACUGGGAGGCACAGGAGCAUCCGCGCUUCAAACUGGACGAGGACUCCGGCAUGGUGACAAUGCGAGCGGGUACAAGGGAGGGUCGUUAUCAUCUGCGAUUCAAGGUCUACGAUCGGAAGCAUACACAAACGGAUGUCCCAGCAAAUGUUACGGUCAUGGUACGAGAGAUUCCCCACGAGGCGGUCAUCAAUUCUGGGUCGGUGCGACUCUCUGGCAUUUCCGAUGAGGACUUUAUCCGCGUGUGGAAUUAUCGCACCCAGAGCUUGAGUCGCUCCAAGCUGGAUCGCUUCCGUGACAAGUUGGCGGAUCUGCUCAACACGGAGCGGGAGAAUGUGGACAUUUUCAGUGUGCAGUUGAAGAGACGUAAUCCUCCAUUAACCGAUGUGCGUUUCUCGGCACAUGGCUCGCCGUACUACAAGCCCGUCCGACUCAAUGGCAUUGUGCUGAUGCAUCGCGAGGAGAUCGAAAAGGAUGUGGGCAUUAACAUCACAAUGGUGGGCAUCGAUGAGUGUCUCUACGAGAACCAGAUGUGCGAGGGAAGCUGCACAAAUGCCCUCGAGAUCAGCUCCCUGCCCUACAUGGUGAAUGCGAAUAAGACGGCCUUGGUCGGCGUUCGGGUUGACACCCUGGCGGACUGCACUUGUGGUGCAAGGAACUUCACCAAACCGGAAUCAUGCCGCACCACACCUUGCCACAAUGGCGGACGCUGUGUGGACACCCGCUUCGGACCCCAUUGCUCCUGUCCGGCGGGCUACACGGGUCCACGCUGCCAGCAGACGACGCGCAGCUUCCGUGGCAAUGGAUGGGCCUGGUAUCCACCCCUCGAGAUGUGCGAUGAAUCGCAUUUGAGUCUGGAGUUCAUUACACGCAAGCCCGACGGACUGAUCAUCUACAAUGGACCCAUUGUGCCGCCCGAGCGCGACGAGAUGCUCAUCUCGGACUUUGUGGCCCUCGAACUGGAACGUGGCUAUCCCCGUCUCCUGAUUGACUUUGGCUCUGGCACCUUGGAGCUGCGUGUGAAGACCAAGAAGACCUUGGACGAUGGCGAAUGGCAUCGCAUUGAUUUGUUCUGGGAUACGGAAAAUGUGCGCAUGGUUGUCGACUUUUGCAAGUCGGCGGAGAUAAGCGAAAUGGAGGAUGGAACGCCGCCAGAGUUUGACGAUAUGUCGUGUCAGGCGAGAGGACAGAUUCCCCCCUUCAGCGAGUAUCUCAAUGUGAAUGCGCCACUUCAAGUGGGAGGCCUUUAUAGGGAACAGUUUGAUCAGUCCUUGUACUUCUGGCAAUAUAUGCCCACAACGAAGGGAUUCGAUGGCUGCAUUAGGAAUCUCGUGCACAUCAAGCUUUAUGAUCUGGCCCAUCCGGGUCUAUCCAGGAAUAGCGUCGCCGGCUGUCCACAGACGGAGGAGGUGUGUGCCCAGACGGAGGCCACAGCUCGCUGCUGGGAGCACGGCAACUGUGUGGGCUCCCUCUCGGAGGCACGUUGUCACUGUCGACCCGGCUGGACGGGACCUGCUUGCAACAUACCCACUGUACCCACCACCUUCAAGGCGCAGAGUUAUGUCAAGUAUGCGCUGAGCUUCGAGCCAGACCGCUUUAGCACUCAAGUGCAGCUGCGUUUCAGAACACGUGAGGAACAUGGAGAGCUCUUCCGAGUUAGCGACCAACAUAAUCGAGAAUACGGCAUAUUGGAGAUCAAGGAUGCCCGUCUACACUUCCGCUAUAAUCUCAAUUCGCUGCGUACCGAGGAGAAGGAUUUGUGGCUCAAUUCGGUGGCUGUCAACGAUGGGCAAUGGCAUGUGGUGCGCAUUAAUCGCUAUGGCUCUGCGGCAACCCUGGAGUUGGAUGGCGGUGAGGGCAGACGCUACAAUGAGACAUUCGAGUUUGUCGGACAUCAGUGGUUGCUGGUGGAUAAGCAGGAGGGUGUCUAUGCUGGCGGCAAGGCCGAGUACACGGGUGUGCGCACCUUUGAGGUCUAUGCGGACUAUCAGAAAAGCUGUCUCGAUGAUAUACGUCUGGAGGGCAAGCACUUGCCUCUGCCCCCAGCCAUGAAUGGCACCCAAUGGGGCCAGGCGACCAUGGCGCGUAAUUUGGAAAAGGGCUGCCCCUCGAAUAAGCCCUGCUCCAAUGUCAUCUGUCCCGAUCCCUUUGAGUGUGUCGAUCUCUGGAAUGUCUAUGAGUGCACUUGCGGCGAGGGACGCAUCAUGUCGCCCGAUUCAAAGGGUUGCAUGGAUCGCAACGAGUGCCUCGAUUUGCCCUGCAUGAAUGGUGCCACGUGCAUCAAUCUUGAGCCGCGUCUGCGUUAUAGAUGCAUUUGCCCCGACGGCUUCUGGGGCGAGAGCUGUGAGCUGGUGCAGGAGGGUCAGACCCUAAAACUGAGCAUGGGUGCUCUAGCUGCCAUACUCGUUUGCCUGCUGAUCAUACUGAUACUCGUUCUUGUAUUUGUGGUCUACAAUCGACGUCGGGAGGCGCAUAUCAAAUAUCCAGGACCCGAUGAUGACGUGCGAGAGAACAUCAUCAAUUAUGAUGAUGAAGGCGGCGGUGAGGAUGAUAUGACCGCCUUUGAUAUAACGCCAUUGCAGAUACCAAUCGGUGGCCCAAUGCCACCUGAAUUGGCGCCUAUGAAAAUGCCAAUUAUGUAUCCCGUGAUGACGCUUAUGCCCGGCCAGGAGCCUAAUGUGGGCAUGUUCAUCGAGGAGCAUAAAAAGCGAGCCGAUGGCGAUCCAAAUGCUCCGCCCUUCGAUGAUUUGCGUAAUUAUGCAUAUGAGGGAGGCGGCAGUACAGCCGGUUCGCUUAGCUCGUUGGCCUCAGGUACCGACGAUGAGCAACAGGAGUACGACUACCUCGGAGCUUGGGGGCCGAGAUUCGAUAAACUGGCCAACAUGUAUGGCCCGGAGGCGCCCAAUCCGCAUAACACCGAGCUCGAAUUGUAAGUUAAGAGUCAAAACGAGACGGAAUAUGUGAAUACCAGUAACAAGAACGCAGUUAAGUAGCCACAAAAGUUGCAUUUAAAUUUCAACACGACAGUUGAGGAGAUGAAUAGACGAUCUAGAUAAACAGAAACCGAGAUCCCCAGCUGAAUUACACACAAAGAAACGCAACCAAAGAAGCAUCCAGCUGGCGUUGGCAAAACCCUUAAGUUAUUUCAAAGAGAAUACAAAAUGAACAGACAUCGUAAAGAAAAAUGAGAGAAAAACUUUAAACACACAAAAUGACAUUUGUAAAAAUACUUCAUCACCAUUUAACUUUAAUAAUUAUUAUAAUUAAUUUAUUAAGUGUGUGGACGUAAGAAUUCAAAUUGCGUUAGAAAUUUGCUAUGAAUUUGCAGAUUAAAGAGAAUUGAGAUU